GAAGGGGUGGGAGCGGCUCUGCCACUGCUGCUGCUGCUGCUGCUCUCGGUUCGUGUGGGCUGCGAGUCGCCGCCGCCACCGCUGCUAGCCCUGGAAGACGGAGCCUGGCCGAGUGUGGGAGGGGGCUGCAGAAGGGGCGUUUGCGGUUCAUGGUGAGAGACCAGCCCCAGGCAGGCAGGCAGGCAGGCAGCCUCUGGCGGAAGGAGGUACAAACCCCAAGCGGGCGCCCUCCUUUCGGCGCCAGCAUCCCGCCUCUCUGAACAAUUGAGGAAUUUCCCGCUGCCUCCCCACCACCCCACUUCUGCCCUCCCAUGGGAUACUGAGGUGCGCGGAGCUGCUCCCCCGGUUUACACACGCCUUGGGGGCGAGUGCCUGGACCCCUCCCCCCCCACGUUGCCAACGCAGCCGGCUGCCCUGCUCCCGAUUCAUUCUCUGGGUGUUCAGGAAACUCUUCUGUUGGAUCCCUGGCCUUUUCCCCAGACCUGGCUCUUUCCCCCUCCAUAUUCUCCCUUUCCCCCCUUCAAAGCUGCCAUUCGAGCUUAUUUCCAUAGACUUGCUCCAUCUCUGGCCCACAUUUGGCCCCAUUCACAAAAGUUCCACUCCGGAGUGACCCCUCGUUUUUUCCUAAGGAUACUUGACAGCUUUGAGAAAACAAGUUUUCCUAGAACCCUUGGUGACUUGGCUUGUUGCACUCUCCCACCCUUGGGUGGGCAGGGGCCUGACAGGCCCCACCAUGCAAAGUGGGGAGCCUGUGUCUACGGCUCCGGCAGCGCCACCGACGGCGAUGAAAGUGUCUGAAAGCGAAGGCAAGCUGGAGAUUUUGAUCCCAGCCCAGAACUGCACAAGCAAGAGCAGCAGUAGUAGUGGCAUCAGCAGCGGUGGGAUCAGCAGUAGCAGAGGAGGAAGCACUACCAAAAGCUGGCAGUAUAGUGACCACAUGGAAAAUAUAUCGGGCUAUUUAAUGAAAUACACAAAUCUUGUCACAGGCUGGCAGUACCGGUAUUUUGUCUUGAACAAUGAAGCUGGUCUCCUGGAGUAUUUUGUGAAUGAACAGCUGAGAAACCAGAAGCCCAGGGGUACAUUACAGCUGGCUGGAGCUGUGAUCUCUCCUAGUGAUGAAGAUUCUCAUACGUUCACAGUGAAUGCAGCUAGUGGAGAACAAUAUAAGCUGCGAGCUACUGAUGCCAAAGAACGGCAGCAUUGGGUCAGCAGGCUUCAGAUAUGCACACAGCACCACACUGAAGCAAUUGGAAAGAACAAUCCUCCUCUGAAAUCUCGCAGCUUCUCUCUUGCAUCUCAAGGAAGUGGCUCCCCUGGUGUGCAAAGAAGACCCAGCCAAAAUGCAGCUUCCUUUUUUAAUGUUGGGCAUCACAAGCUGCCAGCUGGGAGGAGAAUUCCCAUUUUGCAGCCAGAUCAUUUAAUUGAUGUACGGGAGAUGAUGUCGCAAGCUGAGGGACAACAGAGAGACUUGAUAAGGAACAUAGAAUGUCUUCCUUCCUCUGGCCAUCUUUCUUCCUUGGACCAAGACCUGCUGAUGCUCAAGGCAACCUCUAUGGCCACAAUGAAUUGUUUAAACGAUUGUUUCCACAUUCUUCAGCUCCAGCAUGCAUCGCAACAAAAAGGGUCCUUACCUACAGGGACAACUAUCAGCUGGUUGGAACCAAAGAUCUCCCUGCCAAACCACUUCAAAAAUGGAGCAGAUCAGAAUUUCCCAGCAGAUCAAAACAAGCCAUCAUCGAUCAGAGAGGAGCAGUCCAUUUCAGGUUCCAGUCAGCUAACCAGGGAACCAGAGGAAAUAAACCCAGAUGAGGAGAUAGAGGAUACAUGUGAACUUAAAGAGGAUGACCUUGGAGCCGUGGAAGAACAGCGUAGCGUUAUCUUGCAUCUCCUGUCUCAACUCAAACUUGGCAUGGACUUAACAAGAGUGGUACUCCCCACUUUUAUAUUAGAGAAACGCUCUUUGCUGGAAAUGUAUGCUGACUUCAUGUCCCACCCAGAUCUCUUCAUUGCGAUAUCCAGCGGCGCCAGCCCUGAGGAGAGGAUGAUCCGCUUUGUGGAAUAUUACCUCACUUCCUUUCAUGAAGGUCGCAAAGGGGCGAUAGCGAAAAAGCCAUACAACCCGAUCAUCGGGGAAACGUUUCACUGCUCGUGGAAGAGCAGAGUACCGUCCGACACGAGUAGUAACUCUUCGUCCCAUUCCCUCUCUGAGCAAGGGACUGUCUCAGAAGAGUCACAGGAACAAGCAGAGUCGGACUACCACACAGUCAGAUUUGUAGCGGAACAAGUGUCCCAUCACCCUCCAGUCUCAGGGUUUUAUGCCGAAUGUGUAGAAAGGAAUAUGUGUGUCAAUGCUCACGUCUGGACUAAAAGUAAAUUCCUAGGAAUGUCAAUAGGAGUGACUAUGGUUGGCGAAGGUAUUUUAAGUCUCUUGGACCAUGGAGAGGAAUACACGUUUUCUCUGCCUUGUGCAUAUGCUCGGUCAAUUCUGACUGUCCCUUGGGUAGAACUGGGAGGAAAAGUCAGUGUUAAUUGUGCAAAAACAGGAUACUCUGCAAGUAUUACUUUCCAUACCAAACCAUUCUAUGGUGGCAAGCUUCACCGGGUUACUGGUGAGGUGAAACAGAAUGCUACCAACACUGUUGUCUGUAGAGUACAAGGUGAAUGGAAUAGCAUCCUUGAAUUCACCUACAGCAAUGGAGAGACAAAAUGCAUGGACUUGACAAAGCUGUCUGUCACAAGAAAACGAGUCCGACCCAUUGAGAAACAAGGGGCAUUUGAAUCCAGGAAGCUGUGGCAACAUGUGACAGAGUCUCUGAGGGACGGGGACAUUGAUAAGGCGACAGAGCAUAAGAAAGCACUUGAGGAACGGCAGAGAAAUGAAGAACGACUCCGGGCUGAGACAGGAGAACCGUGGCAAACUAAGUACUUUGUCAAAGAUGGAGAGGGCUGGGUUUAUUAUAACCCUCUUUGGAAAAGAAUGCCUGCUGUACAAAAUGAACCAGCAGACACAAACUAGAUGACAUUUCUUCAAAAUUAUUCUUCUCUUUUGUUCUAAUCCCUACAACUUCCAAAAUUCUGUGUCUCACUAACAGUCCUUUGGGAUUUUUAUACAAUUGCACAAAAUUAAGUAAGCAUAAUGGAAUAAACUACUAGGGCACUUUAAAGUUGCAGAAAAUCAAAAGAUAGCGAGAGAGAACCUUGCCAGGUAUGUCUUCUCCCCCCACUUCAAAAAACAUUUUAUAUGGCGCUGAAGAUUUUAUCUGAACUGUGUAUUGUAUUCUUUCUAAGCACACCUACUGCAAAAGCUGCCUACGAUAUUUUAUAUAUAUAUAAAAAAUCUUCUAGAAACAGUAGCAUUCAGAGCUGCUAUGCUGUUCUGCCCAAGUGGAAUUGCUUCUGGAGUAAUAGCUGAACAGUUCUUCCCAAUCUGUGCUCCAUUUUCCACCUGUUUCUGAACUACUCAGUGCCCGUAUAGAGAAACACCUUUUGCUGCUCUGAAUUAUUAUUCCUGCUGAAAACCUUGAAGAGGAAAGCUCUUCAUAAGUUGACCUUGGAAUCAGUGUUAUUGAACUGUCUGGAUCAGGACUUGACACUUCUUUUUUUAAUUAUUCUUCGGAGGCAAUGUGUGCAUGGCUGUAAACCUCACCUUUUUUUUAAAAAAACAAACCCAACAUUCUAAAGUAGAUUAGAAUUGUAACUAUGGGGUGUUUCCUAUAUGUGAAAGAGUUGUGGAGAGAAAGGUGGGAGCAGAAGUAUAAAAUUCAGAACAAUUUUGAGCUCUAGAAUUUCCCUUAACCUCCCGCCAGCUUCAUUUCCUUAGCAAACGGCUGUAAAUACCCUGAAGAUGUUCUGUCUCUUUGAAGAGACUGAAGCUCAGACCUGACUGAUGUGUCCUUUUUAAAAUAUCUAUAUAUAUACUUCAUUGCCCCCCCUCACUGUUCUCCAUGGAUCAUCUCUGAGACAGAGUCAGUGUUACAGGUUGCCCAGGCAAGUGAUUUCAUUUGUCUUCUGUGUAAGUUCCGAGUCAGACAUCUUUGUGUGCCCGCUGAGUACAAAGACCGUCGCUUUGGUUUUUCUACAACACCUGAGAAGGCUUGUUUUUUUGCUAUGGGACUACAUACAAAACCAGUUGCAAUCUGAUACCGGAAAACCAUGUUCAGGUAAAAACGUCCAUUGUUUUUUAUGAUACCGAUAUUUUAUUGAAGUCUAAGAAUUGCUGGCAAUUAAGAAUAGUACUGAUUUAUGGCUUUCAUUCUUGUUACUACAAGCUACCUUAAUUUUUCUAAGAGUGGUGCCUUACUCUGUUUCUUCUGAUGUAGUCUUCCAAUCAGUGUAUAUACCAUUAUCUGUCAUCUUCUGGUUUGUGUCAACAGUGGGGCCUCUCCCUGCCAUCAUGAAAACCUUCAAACUCUGUGUGUGCUGGUCAAGUGUGUUUAGUUUUUUCUUCCAUAUUAAGGGAAAAGGUUAUCCGAAUGCACCCGAGAGUGGUUAAGUAAGCACCCUCAUUUUCCACAAAGUCUGAAAAGUGUUUGGGGGAAUUUGGGGGGAGGGUUAUGCACAUGUGUUAAGAUUCCCUUGUACUUUUUUUAUUUUUAUUUUUUGCUGUGAAAUGCACUGAAAUCUUAAUGCGACUAGUGUACAAUUCCAUGUGUGAGAAAAUGGGGAGGGAAGGAAAUAAAGCUACCAAACGGAA